AUGUCAGAUAUCGGUCUCAAAACUGAAAUGGUAGAAGCAAGUGCAAAAGAAUCGAAUAAUGAUGUUAAAAAAGAUGAAAAAUUUGUACAUAUUCUAACUUCACCAUCACCUUUACAUGCAAUAAGACUUUUGAGCGAAAAAGGACAAAGUUCAGCCAUAAGGGUCAAAGUUAGCGGUGCCGAAAUGUGCGAUAUCUACCGUGCUUUUUACGGACGUCUCAACAUGUCAUCUUGGUCUCUUGAAGAUAAACAAAAACGUUAG